AUGGCUUUGGAUGCUGUAACCACUCUAAUCAAAAUAGUAGAGCAAGACCUUAUGGAGCCUAGACUACUUUCGAUUUUUGAUGCUGGAGGAAUGAAGGCGUCGCUGCUUGAAGUGAUCAAGUUGCUGUCUCCCAAGCUCUGCUUUGUGCAAGCCUUUUUGGAGGAGUAUAAGACGAAAAUGCAUCACUGGGGCAUCUAUGAAGCAAUCCGAGAUGAAGUUGCUAGAAGAUAUAAAGAUUACAAAAUAGAAUCUAAACUGAGACAAGUAUAUUUUGAAGCUAACUGGGGACAGUAUGAGUCUGCAUAUGUUGAUAAACUUCAUCGGACCUUGAAACAAGUGGUAGAAGAUAUUGAGGAAGCUCGAGAAUUGAUCCUGGAGAUAAAAAAGAUAAUUGCUUUAGAGCCUGAUAAUGAGGAAGAGAAUAUCACGGUUUGGGAUACCUUCCAAAAUGCUUUAGAGCUUGAGAAUGAAGUAAUUGUAGGAUUCGACCGUGAUAUAAAGAAGAUUAUUACCCGACUCGGUUUUGCACACUCGAUGAGAUCAGUUUUCAACAUUUUAAGGAAUUUUAACACUGACAUAUCUCAGCAAUAUGUUGAGCUGAUGAAUCUACAAGUUAUCCCACUUGUCGGGGAAGGAGGCAUAGGAAAAACUACAUUAGCCAAAAGAGUCUAUGGAAAUCCAACUACUAUUGGUUGGUUUCACAUUCGAGCGUGGGUAGUUGUGUCUCAAGUUCAUAACCUCAAAGAGAUGCUCAUUGGUCUAUUACGUUGUAUUUCACCAAUAACAAGUGAAAUCUACAACAUAGACAAUGCUCAAAUAGCUGAGCAAUUAUGCAGAAGUUUGAUGGGCCAGAAGUAUUUAAUUCUCUUAGAUGACAUAUGGAGCACUGCUGCAUGGGAUGCCAUCCAAGGAUGUUUUCCAGAUAAUUCUAAUGGAAGCCGAAUCUUAGUAACUACUCGGUUCACAAAUGUGGCUGAAUACUUGAGUGUUGAUCCCUAUUACAUGAAGUAUCAAACUAUAGAGGAUCGUUGGGAAUUAUUUUCGACGAAGGUGUUUGGGCAAAGCCAUUUUGUUCCCAGGGAAUACGAGUUAAUUGGCAAACGAAUUGUUCUUGGCUGCAGUGGAUUACCGCUGGCAGUUAUUGUGAUUGCUGGACUUUUGGCAACAGCAAAAGAUUCUCUAGAAAUAUGGAGAGAUGUUGCGGAAACUUUGGAUGGAGUAGAAACGUAUGAUAGUAACAACAAAAUUUCAAAAGUACUUUCAUUGAGCUACAAGUACUUACCUCGUCACUUGAAACCUUGCUUUCAUUAUUUUGGGGUGUUUCCUGAAGACAAUGUCAUUCCUAUUAAGAGAUUAAACAACUUAUGGGUUGCUGAGGGAUUUUUAAUGCCACAUCAAAAUAAGAGUUUGGAAGAAGUGGCAGAGAGUUACUUGCGUGAUCUCAUUAAUAGAAGUCUAGUUCAAAUUAAUGAGCUAAGUGUUGACGGCAAAGUUAAAUCAUGUAAGGUUCAUGAUCGAGUGCACGAGGUGUGUGUGAGAGAAGCUAUAACGGGGAAUACUUUGUGCAUUAUCAAUGGCAAUGAUGCUCCAAAAGUUAGUCAUUGGUUAAGUUGUCAAACAAGUCAUUGGCCAAUUACUCAAGCAAGUUAUGGGAAUUGCACAAUAUAUAAUAUCCAUUCUAUGCUCUGCUUUGGUAAAGAUGUAUACCAUUCAAAAUGCAGGUUGGUAUACCCAUGUUUGAGAUUUCUAAGAGUAUUGGAUUUAUCAUUAGUGAAAUGCUCACAAGGCAUGCCUAGUGAAAUAACAGAUUUGGUUCAUUUGAGAUACUUGGCUUUAAGUACUAUUGGUUCUCUUUACAAGCUUCGAUUUUGUAAGCUUAAAAAUUUGCUUACUCUCAUAGUUACUUCAUGGAUGGAAAAAUGUCCUUUGCAAAUGCGAUGUAAUAUUUUGGAUUUGCCACAAUUGAGGCAUUUGCAUGUUGACAAGAGAUGUUCACAAUAUCUCCCUUGCUUAGUUAAAAAAAAUCUGCAAACUCUUUAUUGGUUGAAAGUUGCCAACUCUGACAGAAAACCAAACUUCAGAAUGGUUCCAAACCUAAAGGAACUUGGGAUUUACAUUGAAGGCGAAUUGGCGCCUAGCUAUCUAGGGAGCCUUGUGCAUUUACAUCUACUUGAGAAGUUGAAGCUUGAAGUAGGAAGGGUCGAGCGCUUUUAUCUUCCAAUUGGUUUUCCACCAAACCUUAAGAAGUUGACACUUCGUUAUACUUAUCUUCAAUGGAAGGAGAUGGACACAAUUGGCAAGUUACCACACCUUGAGGUGCUUAAACUAAAAGAUUCCGCUUUCUGUGGCUCAAAGUGGAAACCAUCGAAGCAUGGCUUUCAGGAAUUAAAGGCACUUCUUAUCUCACGGUUAAAUCUCAAACAUUGGAAUGCAAGUGCUAAUCAUUUCCCUGUUUUGGAGCGCGUAGUCUUAAGAUAUUGUUGGGAAUUGAAACAAAUGCCAAUUAAAUUUGCAAAUAUUGGAACACUGAAGUUAAUUGUGUUAGAAUGUUGUUAUUCUUCUCUUGUGACCUCUGCAAAUCAGAUUUCUUUGGUAAACAAGUUAUUGUUUGAGGGAACGGCAGAUUGUCCACUUCGUGUUCGUAAAGUUGGAACUAAGGUUGAAAUGCCAAAGAACGAAAGCUCUGAAGAAGAAUUUGUAGAAAGCUCUGAAGAAGAAAGUGUGGAAAGAUCUAAAGAAGAAAGCGUGAAAAACUCUAAAGAAGAAAGUGUGAUAAGCUCUGAUCAAGAAAGAUUGAAAGCUCGGAAGAGUGUGAAGAGAUAUCUAAAGAAGAAGGUGUCGAAAUCUCUGAAUGCAUUCAAAGAAUUGAAAAGGAAAAUGUUGUAA